AUGUCACAGGAACAGUACACGGAGAACUUGAAGGUUAUUGUCGCAGAGCAGUUACGCGGGGUGCACAACUUCACCGAAGAUGUCAACUACGUUGCUGAGUAUAUUGUAUUGCUGAUCGUCAACGGUGGCGAUGUCGAAUCCAUCGUGAAGGAGUUAUCUACGUUGUUUGAUGCCAUACCUGUGGAUGUUCUCAAGGACAUUGUACAGACAGAUUUCUUUGCCCUGGAAGCUUUGCAGCAGGGAGAAACCGUGGACAGCAUCGUGUCCAAAAUUAGAGAGCUGAAUGGGAACAACCAGCAGCAGCAACAACAGCAAAUUUCACAACAGCAGCAGCAACAGAUGCCACAAGAGUUGCAGCAACAGCAAAUGCCUCAACAGCAGGCCAUGCCACAGCAGAUUCCACAACAACAACAGCAGCAGCAGCAGCAGCAGAUCCCCCAGCAAAUGCCUCAACAACAGGCUAUGCCACAACAACCAUCUAUUCCACAGGGCCCCAGCCAAUCGGGACCAGAACAAACAAGACCAGUUUCUGCGUUCUCAGGUGUGGUGGAUACCACAUCGUCUGUGAAAGCAGAGGAUGAUGUAUCGAUGGGUAACGAUAUCACCGUUACUGAUUAUAAGCCACGGUUUUCUAAUGCGCGUGGCGGGAUUCAAAGAAACCGCAGAGGCCGUGGUGGAGCAUCCGUUCGUGGUAACAGCACCUCUGGUCCUGGCGGGCGCGGCGCUAAUGGUUCUGAUCGGUUCAAUCCGCUGGCCAAAGCUUUGGGCAUGGAUGCUAGAGCGACCGAGCGUGGUGCUUACGAGUCCAAUUUGAAUUUUGUGCCAAAGAGGAAAGAGGGUCGUUGUAAACUGUUCCCUCACUGUCCCUUGGGUAAAGCUUGUCCACAUGCACACCCAACGAAAGUGUGUAACGACUAUCCAAACUGUCCAAAACCACCUGGAACCUGUGAAUACUUGCAUCCUAAUGAGGACGAGGAGCUAAUGAAGGAUAUGGAGAGAACCCGUGAGGAAUUCCAAAAGAGAAAGGCUGCGUUACUGGAGGCAAGGCAGAAACCAGUUCAAACGGGACUGGUUAUUUGUAAAUUCGGCAUCUUGUGCUCGAAUCCACUGUGUCCAUUUGGGCACCCAACACCAGCCAACGAGGAUGCUAAAGUCAUAGACAUGGUCUGGUGUCCAUCCAACCUGACGUGUCAGGAUCCCGAAUGUAGGAAAGCUCAUUCUUCACUGUCUAAAAUAAAACAGGUGGAACCAAUGGGCCGUCCCAAACCACCAGCUCCAAAGCCAAUGGAAAAAUCGUUGGAGCAAUGUAAGUAUGGGAUUCGCUGCACCAACAAGCGUUGUAAAUACAGACACGCCAAGAGUCCAACAAUGUGCCGUGACGGUGCCAACUGUACAAGGAUAGACUGUAUCUUCGGCCACCCUAUCAACGAGGACUGUAGAUUCGGAAUCGAAUGCAGAAACCCAACGUGUUUGUUCAGACAUCCACCAGGAAGAAUUGUACCAUCGAAGGGUGACCAGGGAACUGAGCAACCGGCCAAUGCCAGUUUCCCUAACGCUACCACUGGUAUUUUACAGGCCGUUCCUACCAAUCAGAGGAUAUUUGCCAUGCCAGAAGGUUCGAGAAUCGAGCAAGCUCCAGCACAAGAACAAACUCCGUACCAACCUCCGUUCCCAGCUCAAAAUCAGGGUCAAGGUGACAUGGAGAUGAAUUGA